AUGAAAACGAUGGUUGAUUUAGGAAAGCAAAGAGAUAAUCACUACCAUCACCACAUGCAAAUCAUAACCACUCCGACCACCGUGGACUGCGCUCGUGAAUUACGUCACCGACGAACUCUCCGUUCACUCAUCCAAUGCAUGCUCCCAUACUGUUGCACUUACCAACAACCUUCGUACCAAAACGACACAGUUUCGGUCUCUUCCUCCUCAUCUUCCUCCUCAGGCCACUCUUCCUCCUCCUCCUCCUCCUCUUCUUCUUCCCAUAGUAACAGCAUCGUAAGUGGAACAUUCUUCGGACACCGUCGUGGUAGAGUCAGUUUCUGUCUUCAAGACACCACCGUGGGAUCUCCUCCUCUUCUCCUCCUCGAACUAGCUGUUCCCACGGCCAGUUUAGCUAAAGAGAUGGACCAAGCAGGUGUUCUACGCAUAGCUCUCGAGUGUGACCGUCGUCGAAGCAGCAGCAACAGCAACAACAGUUGUUCAUCGUCGAUCUUUGAUGUUCCAGUGUGGUCGAUGUAUUGCAACGGAAGGAAAAUGGGGUCUGCCGUGAGGAGAAAGGUGACGGAAAACGACGCUGUUUUCUUGAGGAUGAUGCAGUCUGUUUCGGUUGGAGCUGGAGUUGUGCCGGUGGAUAAAGAGGAGCAGACUCUGUACUUGAGAGCGAGGUUCGAGCGAGUCACGGGGUCGAGUGAUUCGGAAUCGUUUCAUAUGAUGAAUCCUGGUGGUGGUUAUGGACAGGAGCUUAGUAUAUUUCUUUUGAGAUCGUGA